CGCUCAUAUAAAAAAAAAUAAAUGAUAUUUGCUUCAUAUCGUUCGCGCUACAAAAUGAUCAAGAAAAGCAAGAUUCAGUUAGUCAGUCAGUAAGUUAACGUUUAUUGAGUAAUAUUUUUCGCUUUCGUCUCACUGUUGUGGAUUAUUUUCAAGAGUUAACUUAAACAAAGCAGACGUGCUAGACUCGCGGAUGGAAUAUUUCCGUACAGUCAAUGAAAAAACAAAAAUAGUGUCAAUUAAAUCGGAAUUUUAGCAACAAUCCCGUAGAACAAUAACCGCGUGACGUGUUGAAAGUGAACAAGGAAGACAAUCUUUUUUUUAUGUCAUUUAGAGUAAAGAAAGUGAAAAGAAGUUCAAUGAUUUAUUCAUUUCUUUUUAAAUGAAAGAGAAAGUCUUUUUGAACCCUAAAGAUAAAAGAAAGUGAAACGUCUUUUGGCGAAAUCAAUUGCUGUUCUCUGACGGCAAGGCAGGCAGGCAGCACAAGAAGAAGAAUAGAAACAGUUACAAUUGAGUAGCAGUAGCAAAAAUGGUCUUAGUUCAACAGCAGUUAAGUGAUCAUAUUGGCUAUAACAUAAUUCAUUGGAUAAUAUCACAAUCGGGAAUUUGGUAUACAAAGUUCAACGAGAAUAUUCAGAGUAAUUUAAGGACAAUCGAGAGUGGAGUUGCUGUUAUUGACGAGAUUUUAACGCCACAAGACGAUGACUUGUUGUAUGAAUUAAACAACCAAUAUGUCGACCAUGAUCGAGCAUAUUAUUAUCAUCAAAACAUUCGUCUGAAUGAUAAUUACUAUGUCAAUGGCAAUGAAAUUUAUGGAAACCAGUUGCAGGGUAACUUGCGAGUCAAUAAUGAGGUUUUAAUGUCGCCACCACAUAAUUUAAAUGUUCAACAGCCAUCAAAUCAACGAGAUAAUAUGCUUAUAACACAGCCAUCAAGCAUUCCGAAUUCCCCAAUUCCAUCACCAAGUCCUCAGACGUCAACAUCCUUCUGUCUACAAUCACCAUCCGCAUUAUCAAUAGCUCAAAUCAAUCAGGAAGUUGAGGAUCCAACGAGUGAUCCAAAUUGGCAAGCCAAUAAACCCAGCGUACGCGAACGAAAUGCAGCCAUGUUCAAUAAUGAGUUAAUGGCUGAUGUGAAAUUCAUUGUGGGGAAUGAAGACAAUCUACAAGCCAUACCAGCCCAUAAAUAUGUAUUAGCAACAGGAUCGUCGGUAUUUUAUGCAAUGUUCUACGGUGGACUUGCAGAGAACAAAACUGAAAUUCGUGUACCUGAUGUCGAACCUAUUGCAUUCUUGACAAUGUUAAGAUAUCUCUAUUGUGAUGAAAUUCAACUCUCUGAAGAUAAUGUACUUGCAACUUUAUAUGUUGCCAAAAAAUAUAUUGUACCGCAUUUGUGUCGUGCAUGUGUUAAUUUUUUAGAAACAAGUUUGACAGCAAAAAACGCUUGCCUUCUAUUAAGUCAAUCAAGAUUAUUUGAGGAACCAGAACUGAUGGCACGAUGUUGGGAGGUUUUAGAUGCACAAGCUGAAAUGGCAAUCAAAUCUGAAGGAUUUGUGGACAUUGACAUAAAAACAUUUGAAACUAUUCUCGCACGCGAGACUCUCAAUUGUAAGGAGAUUAAUCUUUUUGAGGCAGCUUUGAACUGGGCUCAUACGGCUUGUCAAAAGUCAGAAAUUGAUUCCACAUCUCAAAAUAAAAGACAGAUUCUCGGAACUGCUUUAUUUCUCAUUCGAAUCCCAACGAUGACAUUAGAGCAAUUUGCAAAUAAUGUCGCGCAACUAGGAAUUUUGACUCAACAAGAGACUAUUGAUAUUUUCUUGCAUUUUACGGCCAAAAGUAAGCCACAACUUAAUUUUCCUAUCAAGCCUAGAAGCGGCUUAAAAGCUCAAAUUUGCCACCGAUUCCUAUCAUGUGCUUACAGGAGCAAUCAAUGGAGAUAUCGUGGACGAUGUGAUUCAAUACAAUUUAGUGUGGAUAAAAGGAUAUUUAUUGUUGGAUUUGGACUAUAUGGAUCAUCCACGGGCGCAGCUGACUAUAAUGUUAAGAUUGAAUUGAAACGCUUAGGACGGAUUCUCGCUGAAAGCAAUACAAAAUUUUUCUCAGAUGGAUCAUCGAAUACUUUCCAUGUUUUCUUUGAGAAUCCAAUCCAAAUAGAACCUGAAUGCUUCUAUACUGCAAGUGUGAUUUUAGAUGGUACUGAAUUAAGUUUCUUUGGACAAGAAGGAAUGACGGAAGUAUGUACUGGCGCUGUUACAUUCAAUUUUCAAUGCUCAUCAGAAUCUACGAAUGGAACUGGCGUUCAAGGUGGACAAAUUCCUGAACUCAUAUUUUAUGGUCCACCUUCAAAUGGUCACUCAAAUACAAAUACUCUAAAGAAAGCGGUGUCAAACAGCAGCAAUAACGAAUUGGCAUUGCCAAGUCCAAAUGAUAAUUAUGAUAGAUGUACAAAAAGUCAAUAGCUUUUUUGUCAAUAUGUGAGAGGGAUAAAUUAAUUCAAUUUUUAAUCAAUUCGUGAUUUUGAAACUAGUUUCAAGAAUUAUAAUCUAUAUAUGCUUCGUAGACGAAGGAAGUUUAAGAUGAUAAAAUUGAGAAAAUGUAGUUGUAGUGUGCAUAAUUUUUUGAAUGAACUUAAAUUAAAUAAAUCAAAAGAAUCUAUUCAAAGCUAAUAAGUCUCUGUUUGUUUUGACUCACCAAUAGAUGGAACGUUUAUGCACAAAGCCUGUGAUAGCUUCAAAUAUGUUCUCCCUAAUUCAUAGCAGCAGAUCUGAAGAGCAUCGCUAAUAUCGAUCAGCAGGUCUAGAUUUAGGGAUUAUUGUUUUAACUGUAUUUUGAUUAUUCAGUUCUUAUGGACUUACGUGAUGUUCCUUCUGUUCUGCAAGUAAUGUACACGCAAGCUGCAUAAAUAUGUGAAUUCUUCCUUCCUCUAAAAUAGACAAUUUCAUCAUUUAGACACUAUUUUAUGAUUACAUCAACAUGCCAUACAUAAUGAAUGGCCUGAUCAGAUAAGGAAUUGCACUAAAAUAUAACUUAACUUACCUAGUUAAAUUUCUUGAGAGAGCCAUUUUAAAGAAGUUGUGUGCUGUUUCUAUACAAUGAUUAUUAAGUGCCAGCAUAUUGCACAAGUGUGAAAUACCUAUUUUAGCUUUUCUGAGUGUUACUUCUCUAGAUUCUGUGCUAGUUCCAACAUGAAACUUCCCGUAUCCCGUAGCCCCACCUUUUGAGUCUGUAAUUCAAUAAAUCGGUUAAUUUAUAAUGUCCACUGGAUGUUAAUCAAUGAGUAUUUACCUGCUGACACAAACUGUCCAACAGCCGCAGAUGUUCCAUGAGCAUUUUCCUCAAAUUGAACU